ACUUCCUUGUGAAUCAGUCAACUUUCGGCCUUUGUCACAUUUGUUUUGCUGAUUUUUGGCUCGGUCUUUCAACACCUUGGUGGCAGUGUCAGAUCUUUGUCUGGAUUGUUGUUUGGGGCUGUGGACGAGCACCACCAGAAUGGUCGACGAUAAGCUACCACCAAGCAAGGAACCUGCUGAACGCCCUCCAGACCAGGCCACCCCCGGAAACGCGGCUACCCGAUUCGGCUUGGAGGAUCACGAGGCCACUCAGCAGGAUGCCCGUGUGAACACACUGCGGCAAGCAGAAGAGCGACGUGGUUCCAUGGUGCCUCCCGACAAGCGGGCGAUGUCCAUGAAGAUCUCGCAAGCGCGCUUACACACCAUAAAUGAUCCGAAUCGGACUGGCACACAUUCUGCUGAAGCGACGACACCACCGGCCAAGCCUGUGGUCAACAUUUCGUCGCAGAGUUCUUUGAUGAGAGGUGUGGCGCCAGAUCUUCCACCCAAGCCGCAGCGACCCUCCGAAAGCGAGGUCGAUCUUGAAUCCUCCGAUGUUGAUAGAACAUCGGCAAAAAGGAAAUCGGAGAAAGCACUAUCUGAUAUUUCAUCUUCGUCAUCGGAGGAACCAGAUAAACGCGUCCGACCUGCUCCUCCUCCCCCACAACCAGAGCCUCAGCGGAAAUCAAUUGAUUUUGCAAAAUCAGAAGCUGAGCCCAUUCCCCCGCCGGCGCCUAGACCGGAGGAUGUACCAUUGCCCCCACCCAUGAUGUCGUCCGUGCCGACGGAUGGAAGCCAAGACGAUGGCCAGAGCAUAAAUAGCAAGUUGACCAACACCGACAUCAGUUUUCACCCAUCCAAGGUAUUCGCCUCGAAGGGAACCAACACUUCGGGCAUGCUCUACUCCGACGAGGAAAAUGAGCCGGAGGAAGAGGAACUCCCAAAACUUCCGGAUCAGUUCUCCGCCAGCGAUCUGGACACUUUGUUCCUGCUGGCCUGUCGGGAGGUGAAGAAGGCUGGCGCUAUCGCUCUUGCGGAAAACAAAAAGAAACAGGAGUACACCACCAAGAAGCACACAAAUGACAUCGUCACUCCCACCGACAACAUUGUCGAGGAGUCCUUCAUUAAGGCCAUCAGCUCACGGUAUCCCAAUCACCAAUUUAUUGCCGAAGAGAGAAUUUCAAAGUCGGAGACUGGUAUGGUGACCCUGACCGAUGACCCCACCUGGAUAAUCGAUCCCAUCGAUGGCACCAUGAACUUUGUGCACCACUUUCCGUACUACUGCAUCUCCGUGGCCUAUUUGGUAAAUCAGGAGACCCAGUUUGGUAUUAUCUAUAAUCCGCCCAUGAAGAAUAUGUACACGGCCCAACUGGGCAAGGGUGCUCAAAUGAACGGCGAGAUGAUAAGGACCACUGGCCAAACCAACCUCCCCGCGGCCAUGGUUCUGCAGGAGUACAGCUCUGGCGGCAAUGAGGCGCGUAACCAGGUGGCCACUGAGAACUCCCAGCGACUGGUAAAGAAAACCCAUGCGAUGCGCUCUAUUGGAUCCUCCGCCAUGUGCUUGGCAAUGGUCGCCUCCGGAGUGGCGGAUGCCUUCUACAACUUUGGGCUGCACGUUUGGGAUAUGGCAGCAGGCGCUUUGAUAGUCACGGAGGCCGGAGGAGUGGUAAUGGAUCCGGCCGGAGAGGAGUUGGACAUUAUGUCCCGUCGCUGCCUCGCUGCCUCUACUGACUACCUUGCCCUCGAAUUGGGUAACUGCCUGCAGCAGAAUUAUCCAUCUCCACGUGACGACGAGCCGCGUUCCGUUAACCCCAAUGAGUACGGACCUGCUCCGGAGACCAGGGACUUUACCAGCCAGACGGACUUCCCCGAUUCGGAUACCCCAGAAACCACUGACACCGAAAUAGGCAGCGAAAAACCAGCGAUGCCUGCUAACUAAUUAACCACCAGAAAGGCCAGCUUAAAUUGCAUUUUAAAAUUUUAGUUGUUUAAUAAACUGACAAUGCAUGGUUUUUCCAU